AGACGAGCUGGGCAGCACACUUGACAUCGCAUCUCCCUAUUACUACUACUCUUCAGAGUCUUCACCAGACAAAGUAGCUGCUGUUGCGAUGGCCUGUGCUCCAUCUACGGUGAAGGUGGCCGCCAUCUCCCUGCUGGUGAUCCUGUGCGCCGGAACACAGCUCACGGCCGUGCAUGGCCGCGGCCCGGCCCUCGACGUCGCGGAUGGCGCGGCCCUGCUGCGGCUCGUGAAGCCUGCGUCGGCGGCGCUGGACGAGCUGGCCGAGAGGCUGCGUCAGGGCUGGCUUCAGUGCAAUGAAUCGUGUCAGACUUGUAAGUUCGUUUGCGCAUGCCAGAACUGUGAGUGUGACGGCCCGCCAUCGGAGGAGAACGAUAAGUGUGAGCGGGAUUGCAUCCGGGCAAGGGGCUGCGAACGGAGGACAUGAUAAUCCUGCUGUUGGCAUGUGUUCUUGUGUGUGCACCGUGUAUUCCAAGUACUUAGCUACUUACUAAGUUCCAAUCUGGUUGGUUGUGUAAUAAGCACCCGUGGCCCGGCCCUAGGCAGGCAGGCGAACGUACGUGCAUAUGUGCGUUGUGGAGGCAUGGUACAGUGAGUGCCGUUUCAGUUGUCCCUGGUGUGAACGUAUUGUACACGUCCGUUGAUC